GCACCGUUCGCGCAUAUAGCUUCCAGUCUUUGCUUCCCAUUUUGUAACGUGCAGUACAUACGUCUAAUGAAGUACUGACGUUUUUGGGUCCUAUUUUAAUUUGAUCUGGGUCCAUUAACACGUUUUUUAGACAGAACGUUCAUUUAAUAGCGGGAUUAAGGACAUAAAGGGUCUGAAAAACGUCAGGAAUCCUGCUAGUCGAGAAAAUAUAGCUUUACGUUGUGAGGAAGAAGUGGAAGAAAGAAAGUUGUGGAAGGAAAGAGAAGUACUGACGUCCCGCUGCGGUGUCGCAUGGCCGACGUGUGCAUUUCGAAAUCUAUCGUCGCGUGGUAUUUGCCGUACAGCAGGUAUAGACGUUAAAGAAGAAUUGCACGUGGCAAGACGAUUCUAAAAAGGAACAUACACACAAAAAGCGAACCUGUGGUACCCGGUUUUCGCGAGGACGCGGGCCACUUUAAUCUUUCCAACUAACUUCCUCGAUAAAUCUGCCGACACGUAUUAAAUCCGACGAAGAUCUCAGAAGCCGCGACCACGCGACUCUACGUACAGCAAUGUCCAACGAGGAAACUUCCGCCGACCGCAAUGUCGAAAUCUGGAAAAUAAAGAAACUCAUAAAGAGUCUCGAAAUGGCUAGAGGGAAUGGUACCAGUAUGAUUUCAUUAAUUAUACCCCCUAAAGACCAAAUAUCGAGAGUAAGCAAGAUGUUAGCCGAUGAAUUUGGAACUGCGUCUAAUAUUAAGUCCCGUGUAAAUAGAUUAUCGGUUUUGGGUGCAAUUACAUCUGUACAACAUAGGUUAAAAUUAUAUACCAAAGUGCCUCCAAAUGGCCUGGUAAUAUACUGUGGUACUAUUGUCACCGAAGAAGGCAAAGAAAAAAAAGUCAAUAUUGAUUUUGAACCAUUUAAACCUAUUAAUACUUCUUUAUAUCUUUGUGAUAAUAAGUUUCAUACAGAAGCCCUUACUGCAUUAUUAGCGGAUGAUAAUAAAUUUGGAUUUAUUGUUAUGGAUGGUAAUGGGGCUUUAUUUGGUACUCUUCAAGGAAAUACGCGUGAAGUUUUACAUAAAUUUACUGUUGACCUCCCUAAAAAACAUGGUAGAGGAGGUCAGUCAGCUCUUCGUUUUGCUCGGUUACGUAUGGAAAAACGACAUAAUUACGUCCGAAAAGUAGCUGAAGUAGCUACACAACUUUAUAUUACCAAUGACAAGCCUAAUAUUGCUGGAUUGAUAUUAGCAGGAAGUGCAGAUUUCAAAACAGAACUUAGUCAAUCAGAUAUGUUUGAUCCUAGAUUGCAAGCAAAAGUUAUAAAAUUAGUUGAUGUGUCGUAUGGAGGAGAAAAUGGUUUCAAUCAGGCCAUUGAAUUAGCGGCUGAAUCUUUGCAAAAUGUAAAAUUCAUUCAAGAAAAAAAACUCAUUGGUCGUUAUUUUGAUGAAAUUUCUCAAGAUACUGGAAAAUAUUGUUUUGGUGUAGAAGAUACAUUAAGAGCUUUGGAAUUAGGUAGUGUAGAAACGUUAAUUUGUUGGGAGAAUUUAGAUAUUCAACGAUAUGUUUUAAAAAAUCAUACAAAUGCAGAAGAGAAAGUAUUACACUUGACACCAGAACAAGAAAAAGACAAAACUCAUUUUACCGAUAAAGAGAGCGGAGUAGAAUUGGAACUUGUGGAAUGUCAACCGCUACUUGAAUGGCUUGCGAAUAAUUAUAAAAGCUUUGGUGCCACCUUGGAAAUUAUUACAGACAAGUCACAGGAAGGAUCACAAUUUGUCAGAGGGUUUGGUGGAAUUGGAGGUAUUCUACGUUACAAAGUGGACUUUCAAAGUAUGCAGCUGGAAGACAUUGAAAUUGAUAGUUUCGAUCUGGAUGACUAUUAAAUCCCUGAUUUGACAAAAACACGAUCCUCUUAGCUUCGAAAUGGAAAAUAUCACGUUCCUCUUUGCAUUAUAUUUCAAGAAAAGUAUGCAAAGAUGUACGUUGCAAAAUAAUUAUUUGAUGCGGUACAUAGGGUAUCAUCAGGAAAUUAUUGUCUAGACUAUGAACAUCAAGCAGCUAGCAAUUUACACAGGACAGUGCGGAAAAUAUGGUGCGUUGGUAACAGUUCAUACCUGUUAAUAACAACAAAGGCAACUCGAAGACUGUGACACUUAAUUAAGCCAGCUUGAUAUCUGCCUACUCCACACAUUACCUACUAUGUUCUUUGAUUAUUCACAUGGAUUUAUUUAAUUACUUGCUCAAACAAUGGUAUCAUGUAGAAUUGUACAGUAUAUGAUUUGAGGUAUAACAUUUUCUUUCACAUCAAUAUUUAUCAUCUUGUCAUCGUGCUAUUAAAAAGUGGUUAUCAGAUGUUCAUAAAUACAGUUCUAGCAUAAUUUUUGUUCACAUACGAUCAUAGCUGAGCUGUAAUAAACUGAUUGUCAUAAACUUAAAUGUGCGUAUCGUGCAUUCUAUACCAAUUGCAAAAUUCAUAUGAAUAAUAAAAAGCUCUGUACAUAUACAUAAAUUUUUAAUGGCACAGUUGCCUUAGGAGAAACAAAAUCUUUCCGUCUUAACGAGUGAUACACAUACAAAUGUAAGAACAGUUUCUUAAAAUCGAUAUUGCUUUAUUGCUGGCUCGCGAUUCUUAGAUUUUGUACACCCACGACUGUACAUAACAAAUGCUGUAUAAGCGUAUCAACCUAAUCUCUUAAUUGUUGAAGAGGUUCGCCUCAAUGGUAAGAUAAAUUCUUGCAAUAUAAGAAUAACAGUUACUAAAGAUAUUACAAAUAUUAUAAUUAAAUUUUUAAUUUGUCUUGCUUAUUUGUACAAUGCCUUUGUAAUAAACAGUACUGUAAAUGUAUAAAUGUGAAGAGAAUGCAAUGUGCGAUGUUGGCAAUGUAUCCUUUAUAAAAAAAAAAAGAAGAAAAAUAUUAUAAGGAAUAGUUUUUUUCUUAAUGUUGUGAAAUUUUCGAUAAAUGAUGUCUGUUUAUUUACAUCAUAAAAUUUCAUUUACUUUAUGAUUUUUCUGUGCAAGGCAUGCAUAUUAAAAUAUUAUUUUACGACGAGCAAGAUUAAUAAAAAUUUGAUUUGCUGUCGUGUACAACGAAUUUUUAAUAGAUUAAAAAGAAAAAAAUAACAUUCAAUCUUUUAUUUUGAAUGAGAGAAAUUUUUGGAUGUUCCAACCUAUAAAAUAUAUCAAAGAUUUAAGAGCCAUUAUUAAAUGUAUCUUGGAUAAACAUAACUAAUAAUUUGAAAAUAUAUUUUUGAAGAAAAUAGUUUGUGUGUUAUAGGUUGUUCUAAUAUGUUAUGUUUAUUUUUCUAACGUUUCUUUUUCUUUUUUCUUUUUUUUUUUAAUGACGUGAGUUAUUUGUUGAUAUAAAGAAUCGCAGAAGGUAUGAUUAUAAAUAUACAUAAAAUUUUAAUCAAUAUUCAAAUAUCGUAGGAAAAGUAUUGCGAAAUAUCAAGUUUACUUGAUUAGGCAUAAUAAUUCGGAAAAGAAUUAAUUUAAAUCAUAGCCAUAAAAUCCAUGGGAUUUUAAUCUUUUUGGUGAGAGUGGAGAUAUUUACACUGCCGAAUCGUAUGACGUAAUAAGGUAUCGCUGAGCACAGUAUCUACUAUAAAAAUAAGUUAAAUUUGGAACUGUUCAUUGUUUACAUUAAUAUUAGCUCGUAACUUACAUUUAGAAGUUCAUAGAUUAUUUUCAAACUAUUUUAAUAUUACAAAUGUAUCUUAUUCAAUCAACGACCAAUUAACAUUUAAACGAA